GCUCCGCGGAAAAACAACAAAUACUGCAGAAGAAUCGUUCUUUCCGACGGUAAACCAGCGCGCGAACCUUUUGUUCCUUUUAAAAGCACGAUGAGCCAACAGGAUAAGGCCGCCCGGCGUGCGGCUCUCCGCAACGAGUACUGGCGCACGAUGACCAACCCGCACAACCAUCUGCGUGGGGAAAGCGGUGGUGUGUUUGAUACUGGCCUAGCACGGUUCCAGGCGAUGCGUGUUAACCACUUCGAGCACUUCAAGCCGACUGGUCGCUCGUUCAAGAUUGGAUUGUUUACCGUCGUCAUACCAAUCAUCGUCUACGCUAAGAUGAUGAAGUAUGAGCGCGACCAGCGGGAACAUCAGUACCGUACCGGGCAGGUGUCCUACGCUGACCGUCGCUUCAAAUUCAUCUAAAGCUGGAAGUUGUGCGUACAUUUCGUUCGAAGCGUUGGUGUAGCAAUCGUGAAAUAAAUUGUGAAUAACAGGUACAUCUAAA